ACAGCGCACGCCUGUAACCCCAGCACGUGGGAGGCUGAGGCGGGAAGAUUGCCACAGGUUUGAGGCCAGCCUGAACUAGGUAGCAAGGCCAAGAACCAGAAGACAAAAAGGGAAAGGAAGAAGUCACAAUUCUGCUCCUUUGGAGGAGAUCCAGCAUCCAGCCUUCACCAUCGCCUUUGGACAUCGAUCCCGGCUUCUGGCACAGACCCUUCGGCUUCCCAACACCAACGCACGUGACUGCAGGGAGCUGCGGGCCUUCACCUGGAUCCUCCAGCGCUCCAGCACGCAGACAGCCCUGACCCUGAGGGCAGCCGCUUCCUAGGUUGUUUGGAUCUCCACAUUCUGUUCCUGAAGACACGGAGGACUAACUGUACGCAUUUGGCAAGGGAGGCUUCCUUGCUUGGACCCGGGGUUGCUGUCUUGAAUAAGAAGGCUGUGACCCUGACCUCAGAUGACCAAACGGAAGAGCAGCCGCCCAGCUGAUGCCUCUGACGAGAAGUAGGCUGUAGGCUCCAGAGUGUUGCUAGGUGCAGGCUUCGAAGCUCAGGCGCAGCAGGCUGAACAGGCUUGCAAAGGCCAGGAGAGCUGAGCGCUGGUUGGUGUUGGAGGGGGCCGAGGAGAGCACCCCUCCUGCUCCUGCUCUGAAGCCAGGCUUGUACAGAAACAUUUCCUUGCGUGCUGCCAAGUUCCAGCGCCAUGGAUCUGGCGGCAGCUUUGGCAGACCUCCAGGCGGAGGCUAGCUGCCCCAUCUGCCUAGGGUACCUGAAAAACCCGGUGACAAUCUACUGCGGGCAUAACUUCUGCCUCGCCUGCAUCAGCGAGUCCUGGAAGGAUCUGCAGGGCCGUUUCCCCUGCCCUUCUUGCCAUCAUCUCUGUCCAGAGAAGAAGUUCCAGAACAAUUUCCAGCUGGGGAGUUUGACCGAAAUGGCGAAACUGCUGCCACUGAGAAGGAGUAAGAGGAAGAGGCAGGAAGACAGCAUCGUGUGUGAGAAGCACAAGCAGGUUCUGACCGUCUUCUGCCAGAAGGACAUGGAGGUCCUGUGUCCGCAGUGCAGCUUCUCUGCUGACCACCAGCAGCACUACAUCUGGCCCAUCGAGAAGGCUGCGGUCUAUCACAGGGAACGGCUGGAGCGUGAAAUCGAGCUCUGGCAGGAGAGAGUGGAACAAGUUGAGAAGGUGAUUACUAUGCAGACUGGAAAGUCCGUGGAACUCAAGAAAAGGGUAGAGCAUAGGAGAGAAGAAAUAAAGUCUGAGUUCGAGCAGUUUAUGCUGUUCCUUCAAAACGAGCAAGAGGCUGUGCUCAGGCAGUUACAAGACGAAGAGAGGGAGAUUUUAGGAAAGCUAAAUGCAAACCUGGCAGACGCUUCAGAUCACGCCUCUGCGUCCAGGGGCCUGUUACGGGAGAUCGAGAGCAAGUACGUGAAGUCGGAGGUUGAACUGCUGGCAAGCGUGAAGAGUAUCUACCACAGAUACAAGAAUCUAAAGUGCCCGGAGAUGUUCUCGUUCCAGUUCAAGGAGUACAGUUACCGGCUCCCUCCGCAGUACUCCGGACUCAGCAGGAUUGUCAAGCAGUUUCACGUGGACGUAGUCCUAGAUCCUGAAACAGCACAUCGCAAACUUAUCAUCUCAGAAGACAGGAAGAGCGUGCGUUACGGAAAUACGCAGAAAUUGCCUCACAGCCCGGAAAAGUUUUACCUCUGGCCAGCCGUGCUAGGCGCCUCGGCGUACAGCUCCGGCAGGCAGUACUGGGAGGUGGAGGUGCGAAACAAGCCCGAGUGGAUCCUGGGCGUCUGCAGCGAGGCUCUGCCCCGGAGGAAGAAGAACCACAGUCAGCCCUUUCUGGUGAAGGACGGGCUGUGGGGCAUCGGGCGGUGCAGCAGCACCCGUUACGUUGUGGUCGGCCCGAAGAAAAUUAGUCUUCUGCCCAAAGUCCUGCCGACUAAGAUUGGCGUUUUCUUAGACUCGGAGAUGGGUGAGGUGUCCUUUUACAAUCUGAGUGAUAGAUCUCUCCUGUAUACUUUCAGUGAUUAUUUCCGAGGAGCUCUCUGGCCUUACUUCUACACUGGAACUGAGUCCCGACCCCUUAGAAUCUGUACGGUAACAGAAGCUGAAGGAUGAGCUAUUGGAAGUCUGCUUUUCUCAGCUAGUGAACGUAAUGAGCCAGGUAUCAAGCCGUUUCAAGUAGAUGUAGUCAGUGGGGUUUUUUUUAGUUUUCACUGUAAUAUGUGUGUCUGUUUGAGCAGUUCUAAAAAAACAUAGUACCUACUUGUAGAUGAAUCAAGGGGGUCCUCCUAGUUCUCAGAUAACAUGCUUGGGAAAUGUAUUUGUUAACUGAAAGUAUUACUUCAGUAGUUGCCAAUAAAACUACAUUCACA